AUGUUUUUCGAUGGAGCGACAAACUUCAAAGGAGUCGGGAUUAGGGAAGUCCUGAUUUCAGAAUCUGGACAACACUAUCCAUCAUCGGCAAAGAUAAGAUUUCCUUGUACCAAUAAUAUGGCUGAGUACGAGGCAUGCAUCCUUGGAAUAAGAAUGGCAAUCGACAUGAACAUCAGAGAACUUUUGGUCAUAGGAUAUUCCGAUUUGCUGAUCCACCAUGUCCAAGGAGAAUGGUCAACUAAGAAUGUCAAAAUACUAUCGUACUUGUACUAUGUGAAGGAGUUGUGCAAGAAAUUCACAAAGAUUGAGGUCAAACACAUCCCUAAAAUUCAGAACGAGUUUGCCGACGCCCUUGCGACCUUAUCAUCCAUGAUUCAGCAUCCAUACAAGAACUACAUCGACCCCAUCGAGGUAGAAAUCAAGGAUCAACAUGUCUAUAGCUUCCAUGUGAAUAAAGAGCCGAAUGGUAAACCUUGGUAUCACGAUAUCAAGAAGUUCCUCGUGACCCAGGAGUACCCAGAACAUGCUACUAAUGUCAAAAUCGAGCCCUCAGGACGUUGGCAAACCAUUUUUUCCUUAAUGGGGAAGUCUUGA